AUGGCUCAGGAAAGAGACGGUGCAAUGUUUGCUCUAGUAUUAAUAUUCUGCGUGUUGGUGCUUCACUCUGAGAUGGUUCAUGCAGACACCCAUAUAGUUGGAGAUGGAGGUGGUUGGUCCUUUAAUGUUGGUAUCUGGCCUAAAGGAAAGAGUUUCAAGGCUGGUGAUAUCCUUGUUUUCAAAUAUAAUCCUUUUGCUCACGACGUGCUGGUAGUGAACGAGGCUGGUUACAAUACAUGCGAUCCUUUUUUUGGAGAAAGAUUGUUUUUUUCAGGAAAUGAUCAAAUACAGCUUGCCCGGGGAAUGAACUACUUCAUCUGCGGUUUUCCUGGUCAUUGCCUGCGUGGGAUGAAAUUUGCAAUCAAUGCUGCAUGA